AUGGAUGGUGAACCACGUGAUUUCAUGGAGGCGUAUCUGCGAGAAAUGGCAAUUCAGCGAGAUAACCCGCACUUCAACUAUCACAAGGGCGACUUUACUUUGGCUUUGGCAUCUGGCGAUCUCUGGACAGGCGGAAUGGAGACGACAGUCACCACAUUACGAUGGGGCUUCGCUUAUCUACUCUAUCACCCAAGCGUUCAGAAGAAGUGUUACGACGAAAUCAAUCAGGUAUUUGGAAACGAGCAGCCAUGUUAUUCGCGACGAAAGCAACUCCCAUACGUCGAGGCAACGAUUGCCGAGUUGCAACGUAUCACAAAUGUUCUACCAUGGGCUAUUCCUCACAGAACAAUGGAAGAUGUUGAAUUGCUGGGAUUCCGUCUCCCAAAAGGCACGGUCAUUCUGCCUCAAUAUGGAACUGUACACCAUGACCUACGCUAUUUUCCUGAGCCGGACAGAUUCAGACCGGAAAGGUAA